UUGCAACAGCCCGCUACAAAAAUUGAUGACAUAACGAGAGCCCAGUGCUAUGUGAGAUUGAGCGAAGAACAGGACCUUGGUCCAGAUGACCUGACUCUGACCAUAAACACCGACGGUAGUCCUGUCUGGAAGUCAUCCAAGACGUCAGUCUGGCCUCUGCAAUUCAUUGUAAACGAGCUACCACCACACAUCCGGUUUAAAAACCCUGUUCUUGCUGGCCUGUGGUUCGGGAGAACGCACCCACAAAUGCAGUUGUUCCUUACAAAAUUUGUGGAAGAAGUUAACAGUACAGAGGCAGUUCGCUGGCAGUACAAAGGCAAUCUCCAUGCGUCAAAACCUCAUGUGUUGUGCGUGUCAGUUGAUGCACCUGCAAGAGCAUCAGUACAGAACAUGGUGACCUUCAAUGGGUACUUUGGCUGCACAUGGUGUCUUAUGCGAGGAGAGCACAAGGAAGGUUCCUUGCGCUACACAAUGGGACUUCCAGCAGAAGCACGAACAACGAGCAGGGUCAAGGAGGAUAUGAAACUGACUGCAACAGUCAAAGAUACUGUCAAUGGCUUGAAGGGGCCUACUGCACUGAUGAACCUGAAAGGUCUGGACCUUGUGAAUGGCUACAGCGUGGAGUACAUGCAUUGCGUACUCCAAGGUGUCUCAAGGCAGCUGACUGAAACAAUCUUGUCAAGUUCUAACUCUGGCCAGCGCUUCUAUUCUGGUGCGCCGUCGACACUUACAGAAAUAGAUGUCAGGCUGCUAUCCAUAAAGCCACCUCACUGCAUCACUAGGUUGCCACGUUCUAUACAAGAGCGAAGCCAUUGGAAGGCAUCCGAAUGGAGACAGUGGCUCCUGUUUUAUUCGCUGCCUUGCUUGGCUGGUAUCCUUCAUCAGGACUACUGGCGGCACCUUGCCAAGCUUUCUGACGGAGUGCACAUACUGCUGCAAGAGGAACUCACACUCCAUGAAAUUGACAAAGCUGGUAAGGUUCCAAAAUAG